CAUCACAACCGUCAAGAAGCACCCUUCGAGGCUGCAGCGCAUCGUAUGCGUACAGAUGCGCGCUGCGCAUAGCAUUCUUGGCUCUCUGCGCCGUGCGAAAGAUGCCCACGCUGCCGGCCUGAGCGCGAGGCGUCGGCGAUGAGUCGGUGGUGCUGCGCAAGUCCGCAAAGCCCGCACCGCCGCCUCGGUCAUGGGGCUCAGCACAGCGAGGCCUCUCAAGGGAGCAGACAGGUGCACAAUCGCUCUAGGCGCCGCCACACAGCGUGCGUGGCUGCCUCCUCUUCGAGCGCGGGAGUCGGCUCACGGCCGUCGGAGACGUUUGCCGCAGCACGCAGACCCCUCUCGGUGCCGCGAUGCACCCCUCAGGGGCCGGGCCAGCCACGCAGUCGCGCCAAGAGGGGACUCUACCAAGCUCUCGCUGCGCCCGCCGCGCGGCCGAGGCACGACAGUGGCUGCGGGCGGUGCCUAGAGCGCACUGUGUGCCCCUCGCGCCCCUCGGCCCCUCGGGCCCGGACGCGCUACGAGGAGCCACAAUGGCGUCACAUGCUCCUUCCCGAAAAGCCAGCCAGCGUGCCUGCGCGCCAGCGGCAGAGCGGCAGCAUGACAUCCGAGCCCUUCGUAAAACCCGCCUGCCGCACGUCCGAGGCCACGCCGCGGCAUCGCCAAGGGUGCACGGCCCGCCUGGCGCGAGCGGGACCCUGCCGCAGGAAAGGUGCGGCCUGUGCGUCGAGGCGCGAGCGUGCGGUGGGUGCGCCCUCGUUCCCGCGCUUCCGUCGAGUGCGAGGUGCGCAAGUGCGAGCGUCGGAGGCCGGUGCGGUGCAGCCUGCACUCCUGCGACAUGCGCCACGACGGUUCUCUUCUCAGCGCGGGUGGCGGCUGGCAGAGAGCGGCUCCGUCUCUGCAGCGCCUGCCAUCUGCCUGACAAAGCUCGCGGUGCCUUUGUGCUUCCGCCGAGGCGAGUGCGGCGACCUAGGGCCCAGCCCAGGCAUGUUCAGGGGCCCGUCCGCGCCUGGCCGCACGUUCCGCUCCUCUCCUGCCCCUCUCGGUCGUGUCGCUUUCACCUGCGGUCUCUUGCGAGGGCGCGGCAAGUGCUUCUCCAGCGCUCAGUGCCUGCUCAAGACGCCUUGAAACGCAGCUGUCCCCGGUCGGGCACAUCCGGCUACGCGCCUCGAGGCACGCAAGCGGCGGCACACCCGCUCAGGCCAUCCCCGUUGCGUACCAGAUAAGCUACACUCUGCAGCGGCGAGCUGGCGAGAGUGGCGCUUGCGAAGCCACUUGCACGUGCCUUGCUGAGGUCAGGCAGGCCCAAGG